UGUCCCCUCCCAGGGCUCUUCCGAUCAUCUUUCCACACUUGGGAGGCCCAGAACCCUCCAGCUCAGAUAUGCUGCUGCUGCUGUUGCUUCUGCCCCUGCUGUGGGCAGGCUCUCAGACUCUGGAUUCUCAAUACUGGCUCCAAGUGCAGGAGUCGGUGACAGUGCAGGAGGGCCUGUGUGUGAGUGUGUCAUGCAAAUUCUCCGACCCCUGGAAAGUGUAUAGUAACCCUCCCAGGGCUCACGGCUACUGGUUCCGGGAAGGGGCUAAUAUACACAGAGACACUCCAGUGGCCACAAACAACCCAGGGCGCAGAGUGCUGAAGGAGACCCAGGGCCGCUUCCUCCUCCUCCUCGGGGACCCGAAGGACUACAACUGCUCCCUGUUCAUCAGAGACGCCAGGAAGGAGGACCAGGGGAAAUACUUUUUUAGGGUGGAGAGACAAAAUAUAAAAUACAAUUACAUUUCUAAGCUGCUCUAUGUGCAUGUGACAGCCCUGACCCACACCCUCCACAUCCUCACACCAGAAACCCUGGAGUCUGGUCACCCAGUGAACCUGAGCUGCUCUGUGCCCUGGGCCUGUGAGAGGGGGACACUCCCCACCUUCUCCUGGACAUCCACAGCCUUCAGCUCCCUGGGCUCUAGAACCUCCCUCUCCUCAGUGCUCACACUCACCCCACGGCCCCAGGACCACGCUUCCAAUGUCACCUGCCAGGUGUACUUCCCUGCAGUUGGCCUGACCCUGGAGAGAACCAUCCAGCUGAAUGUCACCCGUGAUCCUCAGGGCCCAGGUUCUGGCAUAAGCCUGGGAGCUGGCACAGGGCAGCCUGGCUACAGAGAAGGAGCCGUGCGUGGGGCCGUCGGGGGAGCAGGUGUCACUACACUGCUUGCUGUCAUCCUCGUCCUCCUCUUCUUCACGUGGGUCAGAGUGAAGAAACACAGGAGGGCAACAGUAAUGGACAGAGAUGACAGCCACCCAGACAGGAGGACAGCUUCCCAGGGUCCACAGCAGGAGUCCACACCACAUGCCCCCAAUGUCUCCACCUUGGGGACUGAGCAGGAGGUGCAGUAUGCCACCCUUUCAUUUCACAAGACAAACCCUCAGGAGGGCUCCCCCCGGACCCAGUGAGGAGCCAGUGUGAGCUUCUGUUUCAGCCAAUUAUCACAUCCCCUUGGAGACUGGGCACCAAAUACUGAUUCUUGAAGACAUGAUGCCCCCACAGCAAUUGGGUUCAGAAUCCAGUGGGUGUGAAGCCCCUGCUGUGUUGCAGACAGCUUGUUCUUUGCAACCAGAAAGUCCUUGGGUCAAGCCUCACAAAAAUAAUUCCUUACAAAAAAAAAAAUACUGGCACUCACCUC